AUGGGAUCUAGAGUCCACCCUGACUGGACAGAGUUGCCUCCGGAAUGUCUCCUCGGCAUCUUCUCACGUCUGAGCAUGGGACAACGACGGAACGGACAAAUGCUGGUCUGCAAAACGUGGAAAAACCUAUGCCAAGACCCGUCCCUCAACACUAUCUUGGACCUCAAAGCUGAGUUUCUAUCUUCCGCAGAUUCCAUCUACUGGUGGAGUCCAGAGUCCGAGGAAAAAGUUAACUCAACCAUCCGGUCUGUUGUCGAUCAGAGCGAAGGCGGUCUCAAGGAGAUUCGAGUCAGGCAUUGUACGGAUCAAUCUCUCUUUUUCGACAACAGACCGGAUGGUUGA